AUGGCGGCGAACAAGGCGGCGGUCGACCACCUGCUGGCGUCUCUGCAGCGAGAUCUCAAUUCGUGCACAGACGCUGACCGAUCGCUUCGUAGGCGCGCGUUUGACAGCCUCCGCAAGAGGCUGCUGGACGCUCCCGACGCCCCCGAUGAGGCGACGCUCACCGAUGCCCUCCCCGCUCUGUUCCCCACCCUCCUUCGGGGCUUCACCGACGGCGUGGAGAAGGUGCGGGAGAAGUCCGCCGAGCUGGUCAACGAUCUCCUGGCGCGAUCGGCCGAUCCCGCCACCCUCCUCCCCUCCCUCAUGCCCGCGCUCAAGGCCACCGUCGGCGUCGUGCCCGUCGAGGAACCCUCGGAAGAGAUCCGCCUGGGCCUCGUCAACCUCGCCAAAGCCGCGAUCGUCGCGACGGGCGAACGCGCGGAGCCCUUCGCCGAGGAGGUGGCCGCCAUCGUGCACGCGUCGAUGCGCGAUCAGUUCCACGAGGUGAAGAAAGCGUCGUGCGCGCUCGCCGAGGCGCUCGUCGCGGGGCUCACGCCGCAUCCCUCCGCACACGUGACCCUCGCAAGGCACGCGCCCAAGAUGAUCAACGCCACCCUGCCGGACCUCGGGCACAGGCACUCGCAGGUUCGACACGCGUGUCUCGCGUGCGUGGAUGCCCUCUUCGAUUUCGUAUCGGCCGGGGACGUUCACGAGGCGCUCGCGCCGGGGGUGCGACAGCUGUGCGGGGACAGGACCCCGGCGGUCCGAGCGGCGUUUCACGUCGCGCUCGCGAGGUGGAUAUCCCACGUCCCGAACGGAGGAGGAGGAGGCGGGGGAGGAGGAGGAGGGAUCGGGGGCGGGAAGGAGGGAGAAGACGUCGACAUGCCGGACGUGCCCGAUUCGGACGUACCUGAUUUACCCGAGGGUUGCGGUUUGCCGCACGCGCGCUCGCUGCUCCCGUUCCUGCUCUCCGGCGUGGCGGACGAGGUGGAGGCGAACGGGGUGAAAGCACUGGCGCUCGUCGAGGCGGUGGGCGCCGCGAACGACGCCGCGCUGGGUGCCGACGCGAACGGCGUUGACGUCGAAGGCGACGGAUCGGAUUUCGGAUCAAUUGAGCGACGAGCGGCGACGCUUCCGCCGCCGUUCGCGGGCAGGCCGUCCGCCGCUGCCAGGCGACUCGUCCGUGCCUUGCUCCCGUCCCUCGUCCGGGGCGCGCUGACGGAGGUUCGGGAGUGGACGAGCGGCAAACGAAACGCGGGGGCUCGGCUUCUCGGGACGAUCGUCGCGUUCGCGGAGGCGUCGGCGUCGAGACACCUCGGGGAUUUGAUAAAAGAGAUCGUCGCCGCGGUGGGUGACGACGACAGGGACACCGCGGAGCGGGUCGUGGUCGCCGCGAGGGUGCUCGGCGCGCACGUGUCACCCUCCCAUUGGCUCCCCAUCGCGCUCGAUCACGUCGUCGCCGACAAGGCGUCGCCCGCGUCGAGGGCGUCGGCGCUGGUGAUUUUGGCCGCCAUGCUUCGCGUCGCGCCCCCGGGGUCACUGACGGGCGAGCCCAUGCGUUUACUCGCGGCCGGGCUCGCGAGCGGCUCGGUGAGGGGAUCGAUGGACCAUCCAGCGGUGAGGGCGCAGCUGUCGGCGGCGCUCACGAACGCCGUCGUCGGAGGCGGUUCAGCUUGCGUACCCGCCAGCGGCGAUUUGUUCCGGUCGUUCCUGCAGCUCAGGGCGGCGGAAGGCGCGUCCGUGUCGGAAGGGGGUUCCGUUGAGGACGCGGGUUCGAUCCCCGGGGUGGUCGGGCCCGGUGGGACCGGUUCAGGUUCAACCGGGCCCGGUGGGCUGCCCCCGGCGGAGACGUCCGCGGCGGCCAAGGGCAUCGACGAUUUGGCGAGGGCGUGCGGUUUUUCAUCCGCCGGCGAGCUGUACAGCAGGCACGCGGAGUCGAUACUCGGGCAACUCGCGGUGGAGCAGGACGGGUGGCAGGGCGACGGCCCCGGGCAGCGCACGCUCGGCGCGUUCGUCCUGGGCGCCCCGCCGGAGGUACUCCGACGCGAGAUGCGAAGCUUGGGUUUGAUUUUGAAGUGCGCGAUGCACCGCGAUCGCGAACCCGCGCUGCGUUUGUCGCUGCUUCGCGUGUUGGACGCCGCGUUCGAGUCCCGCGAGCGCGGCGCCGCGUUCGAGGGAUGCGCCAACGAGGUCGUGGAGCGCAUGAUAAGCGAAUCGCUGAUUUGGAAGGCUGGAAAGACGGCCGCGGCGGUGCGAUACGCCGCAGUCGUCAGCCUCGGGACGAUGCUUCGCAACGAUCUGUGCCCUCGACGGGACCUGUUGACGGCGAUUCAGCGCGCAGAGCUUUUGCCGCAGAUCGGCGCGGCGCUCGAGGAGGAUUACUACGCGGAUACCCGCGCGGCGGCGUGCCACGCCCUCGCCAUGCUGCUGGAGCGGUGCGGCGAUCGUCUCACCGACGAGCACAGGAGGUACGUCUAUCCCGAACUCUUGAAGCGAAUGGACGACUCGCGAGACGAGAUUCGCGUGACGUGCGCCGGGGUUAUCGCGGCGUUCUUCCGCGCCAUGCCGUGGGAUUACGACGAGACGAACGUGGGGUACCUACUGAAGGGUUUCCUGAUCCACAUGGACGAUCCGAACCGGGACGUGCAGGAGGCUGUCUGUCAAGCGCUCGAGGUUGCCGCGGCGAAAAAGCCAGACGCGGUUCGAGAGGCGGUGCGGGCGGCGCGGGACACGCACCGGGGACGCGUGUACCUGGACCGCGCCGACGCCGCCGCAGCCGCCACGAAGGAGAGGGGCGGGAAAUGA